AUGCCAAGAGGAAGAGGUGGACGCGGCGGAGGAAGAGGUGGAAGAGGAGGGGGAAGAGGAAAUAGAAGAGGCGGCCAUGGCUCUGAUCGCAAGCCGAAGAAUCGAGGGUUUGGUAGGGGAAAAGGAAAGCAAAGAGCCAACCACCGACAAACUUUCAAUGAUUAUAAUGGACCCAACGAGUAUCCUGAACUAAUGGAUAUUGGUGAACCUGAUAGAAUGGUGGUUACCGGUCACAAUUUCAAACAGGAAGCGGAAACGACAAGACGAAACAGAAGAACAAUGUUCGAGAGACAAUUAAGAAAUAGACCAGUGGAAUUUGUCAAAUCAAAGGAUGUGUAUGAUCCUUCACGGUUGUUAAAUUUGCAAAUUAAAAGCCGGGAAAACACUGCCGUCAAAGUUACUGUUGAGACUGGCCUGGAUAUUGAAGGUGAUGCAGAAAUGAUACCUGUACAGCUGGUUAAUGAUAAUGAUGCUGAGGAGGAAACCCAAUUUCAACCUCCAGUAAGCCUGACAAUUACAUUGCAAAAAGCCUUCCCUGGUAAAUUAACCCUAGAACAAAAGCAGGAAAUAUUGGGAAGUAUGGAAUUGGAUAAUUUAUCAAGUGAUGAAAAUGAUGACGAUUGUACUAUUGAAAAGGAAAAUAAGAUUUCCGAAACUUCAUUAAAGUCUGGAGGUCAAGAAAAAGAUCUAGAAGAAAUUUUAGAGCAAGCAAAAAAACAAGAACAACAAGAGGAGGAACAGGAAGAACAAGACGAGGAAGAGCAAGAACAAGAACAAGACGAGGAAGAGCAAGAACAAGACGAGGAAGAGCAAGAUGAGCAAGAUGAGCAAGAGGAAGAAUAUGAGGAAUAUGAAAAAUAUGAAAAGUAUGAAAAGUAUGAAAAGCAUGAAGAAGAGGAUGACGAGGAUGAAGAAUACCAAAAUCAAGAAAAUCCCGGCAGCUCAUUAUUUUUCAUUGACUCACAGGGUGAAGGCUCUGUUUCACUUCCGAAGAAAUCAUUUCAUGACAUUAUUGCAGAGAAGAAACUUAAGGAUAAAGAACUUGAUGAAUUGAUAUCACAGUCAGAAGCUUCACAAGCCAUUGCAUCCGCUAGUCAUAGCAGUAAUAAGUCUAGUAAGCAGGUUGUCUCCACAGAAUAUGAAGAAACCUUAUACGUUGGGAAAGUUGCCAUGGAAACCUAUCAGGACCCUGAUGAUGGCGAAAUGUACGUCAACCUACGACAAAAGAGAAAAGGACAACGUCAUCUGUUUAGAGAUUCUUAUCAAUCAUCGAAUGACAAACAUCAAAAUACUAUUGAAAGAGAUAUUGCGAUUCAAGAAUAUAUCAACAAUGUCAUGGCUAAUACUGUUCGCCCGAGCAGUGAUGAUGAGGAAAUCAGAGGUGAUGAGUAUGAUGACUACGAAAUUGACGAUGAUGAUAACAUGUCAGAAGAGGAUUUUUUAAAUGCUGCGUUUGAGAGUUCUGAAGAAGAGGAAGAGUCGGAGAUUGAAGAGCCUGACAUGGACUUUGGUGAUGAUAUCACGGUAGAUGAGUUUAUGGCAUUUGGUAAAAGUGUCAAGCAACAAUUCUCAGAAUUGAAUAUUGCCCCUACUGAAACCAUCAGGUACAAAGGCAAGGGGAAAAAUAAGCAACCGAUAUUGAGCCCCGAGUCUGUGUUUUAUGAUUCAAUGAUGGACAAAUUUGAAAACCGAAGGGUCUCUAAGGCUGACAAGAGAAAGAUGAAAAAAGAAGCCAAGAUGCAACGUGCCAUUGAGGAAAAUGACUUGUUGGUCAAAUAUCCUUAUUCGAUGCAUAUCAAAGAGAUCAAAGCGGAAUUUGAGUCAUUAAUGAAGAAUGAUGAUAAGGUGUCACUUGAGUUCCCACCAAUGGAUCCACAUGGGAUUAAAACCGUGAUUAAGAUGGCUGGUUUCUACAGUUUGAAAAGUAGGAGACUAGGACAAGGAAACAAGAUCCAUGCUGCAGUGAUAAAAAAUAAAAGAACUUACAACAGUUAUCCUGAUUACGACAUGAUUAAUAGAAUAUUACGACAACGGCCAGUAUUCAAUAGAAUCGACGUCCAGAAACCUUCGGCUGAAAACGUUGCUUCAGGGCUUAAGAUCAAUGGCAAAGAACCACAAGUGAGAAGUAAGGCUCAUGUUAAGGAAGGUGAUAUUGUUGGUGGGGAUGCUCCAGCCAUUAGUCAGGACAACAUUGGAAGAAAGUUAUUGGAGAAAUUGGGAUGGACUAACGGUGAAGGGUUAGGGGCGACCCAUAAUAAGGGUAUAUCCGAGCCACUAGUUGCCAAAGUGAAGACCAACAAGACUGGUAUUAAAUGA